UAUUCGUUAAAUUUCAUUUUCAUUAUAUAAAAUGAAAUAUAUGAUUUAUAAUUAUUUUAUUGUUUUACUGGUAACAAUGACCAGUGUAAAAGGUGCUGUGGAAAAUUAUCCUCCAGGAUUAAGCUGUAUAAAUGGAACAACAACACCAAAUACUUUAAUUUUUAUUCGUUAUAAUGCAACGGAAAUUCCAGGGCAUCAUGUUGAUUUAAUUAUGGAUGGUGAAAGUACAAUUGUAGAUUUAGAUUUUCCAUUAAAUUUUGACUGGAGAAGAUCAGUUGCAUCCUCUUCAAGUGGUGGUUUUAGUAUUUGCUUCGAUGUACAUGUUGAUGAAGGCAUAGAAAUUAAAGAACAGCCAAUUGAUUUUGAUCAUCGUGAGAAAGAUCCAUUUCCAAAUAGUUUGAUUAAAAAAAUAAGACCAAUACCAAUCAGCAAAAUUAUCUAUGCUCCAUCUGAACGUAAAUUAAAAUUACACAAAUUUUAA